AUGCAACAUUCGAAUUUGCGAACUGUUGUCGAGCAACACCGGCCAGACCUCGACCGUUACGAGGGCAUUUACCGGGAGAUACAUUCGUUGCCAGAGUUGUCAGGACAAGAGGAGAAAACAUCAAAGACAGUGGAAACUCAUCUUCAGGAGCUUGGAUUCGAUGUUCAUGUCAAAAUUGGGGGCUACGGAGUCGCGGGAAUUUUGAAAAAUGGCCCAGGCGCCACCAUCUUACUGCGGGCAGAUAUGGACGCCUUGCCAAUGAGAGAGAAUACAGGUCUCCCCUAUGCUAGCAAAAGAGAGGUCAAGGAUUCAGAAGGAAACGUGAGGCCCGUAGCCCACGCCUGUGGACACGACUUUCACGUCGUCAGUUUGAUGGCUAGCACCGCUCUACUUUGCUCUGCUAAAAAAGACUGGUCGGGCACCUUAAUUUGCGUGUUUCAGCCGGCCGAAGAAACGCUUUCGGGGGCCCGCGCGAUGAUUGAUGACGGACUGUUCGAUAAAAUUCCGAAGCCGGAUCUGGUCCUCGCGCAGCACGUCAUGCGUAUGAGAGCCGGACAAGUGAGCGUUCGCCGCGGUCAUUUGCUGACGGCUGCGGACUCGUUUGAAGUCCGGAUUAAGGGACAGGGAGGCCAUGCAUCUGCACCUGACGCGUGUAUUGAUCCCAUUGUGAUGGGUGCCGCCGUUGUUUUGCGCCUGCAGACAAUCGUGAGCCGCGAAGUUAACCCUCAUGAUCUGGCGAUCGUCUCAUGUGGAAGUAUCAAUGCCGGGUUCAAUGCCAAUAUUAUCCCGGAAGAAUGCGUCAUUCACGUAAACAUCAGGACGUAUAACCCUCGAACGCGACAGCGGGUCAUUGAGUCGAUCAAGCGGAUUGUUAAGGCCGAAUGUCUGGCAUCGGGUGCCCCUACGGAACCUACAAUCGUGCAUUUGACAUCGGUCCCUGCCACGGUGAAUGACAACAAAGUCGCUACAGCCUUAGAGGAGGUUUUUAGCUCAUACUUCCAAGAAAAUUUUGUGGAGAGCGAGCCGGCCACCGCUAGUGAAGACUUCUCGCUUUUGGCAGCUGCUGCGAACGUUCCGUACGUCAUGUGGACGUUUGGUGGCAUCGAUGAAAAGGUCUGGGACGAUGCAGUCGCGAAUGAUGCGAUCAAUAAGUUGGGCGGGAAUCACUCCCCUUACUUUGCACCGGUGCUAGAACCAACUCUCAAGACGGGAGUAGAUGCAAUGUCUAUCAGUGCACUACAUUUCCUGCAGAAGAAGCCCUGA